GCGCCGCAUCUCGAUCGACGCCAACUGCACCCCUGACAGCCUCCCUGAGUUGAUGCUGAACUGGUCCGACAUGGACAAGCUGGACGUGACUAUCUCAUGGCAAUUUGAUAAGGUGUCAUUUGGCUAGAUUAGAGAUAACUGACCGUCAUCAUGCCAUAUAACAUUGCUAUGGUCAGUGACUUUUUCUUUCCCCAGCCAGGCGGAAUUGAAAGUCACAUCUACCAAUUGUCGACCAAGCUUAUCGAUCGCGGUCAUAAAGUCAUCAUCAUCACACAUGCCUACAAAGGUCGCACUGGUGUUCGGUACCUCACAAAUGGGCUCAAGGUGUACCAUGUACCAUUCUUCGUGAUUUACCGGGAAUCGACAAUGCCGACGGUCUUCUCGUUCUUCCCUAUAUUCCGAAACAUCGUCAUUCGUGAGCAAAUCCAGAUCGUGCAUGGGCAUGCAAGUUUGAGCAGCUUCUGUCACGAGGCUAUCCUUCAUGCUCGCACCAUGGGCCUUCGGACGGUAUUCACCGACCAUUCGCUAUUUGGAUUUGCUGACGCGGCGUCCAUCCUCACCAAUAAGUUGCUCAAAUUCAUUCUGAGCGACGUGGACCAUGUUAUUUGUGUCAGUCAUACAUGCAAAGAAAACACGGUGCUUCGAGCCUCCUUAGACCCGUUGAUGGUCUCGGUCAUCCCGAAUGCGGUGGUGGCAGAGAACUUCCGACCCCCCGAGCCGCGACCUAUGCCGAGACCCAUAGCACCCAACGAUAUCAUCACGAUCGUUGUCAUCUCCCGUCUAUUCUAUAACAAAGGAACGGAUCUGCUCAUCGCCGCCAUUCCUCGGAUCCUUGCGUCCCACCCGAACGUUCGGUUCAUCAUUGCCGGGUCCGGGCCCAAAGCCAUUGAUCUCGAGCAAAUGUUGGAAAGAAAUGUGCUUCAGGAUAAGGUGGAAAUGCUUGGUUCUGUCCGGCAUGAAGAAGUCCGCGAUGUGAUGGUUCGAGGUCACAUUUAUCUACACCCUAGCUUGACUGAAGCGUUCGGAACGGUUUUGGUAGAAGCGGCGAGCUGUGGUCUGUACGUGGUGUGCACUCGCGUGGGAGGUAUCCCCGAAGUGCUUCCUCAGCACAUGACGACCUUUGCCAAGCCUGAAGAGGACGACAUUGUGCUUGCCACUGGCAAAGCCAUCGCGGCAUUGCGUUCGAACAAAGUGCGGACGGAUCGCUUCCAUGACCAGGUGAAGAUGAUGUAUUCCUGGACGGAUGUGGCCCACCGUACGGAACGUGUCUACAAGGGCAUCUCCGGUGACAUUAGCCCGGAGGAAUUCUACGGCUACUACCCGGGACAGGGCUGGGAGGCCGGCCGCGACCGCGUGCGAAGCUUUGCACUCAUUGACCGUCUGAAACGGUACUAUGGGUGUGGCGUGUGGGCGGGCAAGUUAUUUUGCCUCUGCGUGGUGAUUGACUUUUUGCUUUACGUCUUCUUAGAGAUGUGGUUCCCGCGGGCGAACAUUGAUAUAGCACGCAGCUGGCCUAAGAAAAUUCACCAGGAGAACAAACGACUGGGGAAUCCAGAUAAAGGCGACCGUCUAGGACUUGCGUCAUGAUCCAACGGCGUCUACAUUCGCAUGCUCGAUCACGGCCAUCUUCAUUGCAAUUUGAUUCGCUAUGUAUACACACGAUACCCAUACCGAUAG